AUGGAAAAGACCCCCCACACCUCCGAGGCCAUGGCCUUCCCCCCGCCGAGCCCCGGUGCCGAGCCCAAGACGGACCUGGAGACUGGUGAUGCCGGCCUCCAGCGUACUCUGUCGAGUCGUCACCUUCAGUUCAUCGCCAUCGGUGGCACCAUCGGCACCGGUCUCUUCCUCGGUACUGCCGAUGCCCUGACCUCGGCCGGCCCCGUCGGCUCCCUUCUCGCCUUUGCCUUCAUCGGCGCCGUCGUCUUCUCCGUCAUGACGUCGCUCGGCGAGAUGGCCACCUACAUCCCCGUCGCCGGCUCCUUCACGGCCUACGCCUCGCGCUUCUGCGACCACUCGCUCGGCUUCGCCAUGGGCUGGACCUACUGGUUCUCCUGGUCCGUCACCUUUGCGCUCGAGCUCUGCGCCGCCGGCCUCAUCAUCCAGUACUGGAACUCGUCGCUCAGCGUCGGCAUCUUCAUCGCCGUCUUCUGGGUCAUCUUCACCGCCAUCAACUACAUGCCCGUCCGCUGGUUCGGCGAGCUCGAGAUGUGGUUCUCCUCCAUCAAGGUCGUCACCAUUGUCGGCUGGAUCAUCUUCGCCGUCUGCGUCAAACGCCGGCGUCGGCGACGAGGGGCUACAUCGGGCUUCAAGCACUGGGAGCCAGCCGGGGCCCUUUGUCGAGUACAUGGUCGACGGCGCCACCGGCAAGUUCGUCGGCUUCUGGUCCGUCCUCAUCAUUGCCGGCUUCUUCUUUCCAGGGGCUCCGAGCUCGUCGGCAUCGGCGCCGGGCGAGUGCCGCGACCCGGCCAAAGAGCGCCCACGCGCCCCAGUGGAUCACGCGCACCAACCGCCACGGCACGCGCACUACGCCGUCGCCGUCACCGCCGCCAUGGGCUUCCUCGCCUUCCUCACCUGUCGGCCGACGGCGGCGUCGUCUUCGGCUGGCUCCUCAACAUUGUCGCCGUCGCCGGCUUCAUCUCGUGGUCCUGCAUCAGCGUCUGCCACCUGCGCUUCCAGGCCGCCCUGCGCCUCCAGGGCAUCGACCGCGCCACCCUGCCCUACGCCGCGCCGCUGCAGCCCUACCUCUCGUGGUUCGGCCUCUUCUUCAUCGUCCUCAUCCUGCUGACCAACGGCUUCACCGUCUUCAUCGACUGGAGCACGAGCGACUUCUUCGCCGCCUACAUCUCGCUGCUCCUCUUCCUCGUCCUGUUCGUCGUCCACAAGGCCAUCUUCCGCGGACGCCCUAUCAAGCUGUCCGAGGUUGACCUCGUCAAGGGACGCUAUGACCUGUAG